AUGUUGCACCUUUCGCGAGAGAUUCGCAAUCCCCCUGACUCAAAGGGUCUUUCUGACUCAUACACCACCCUCAUAGUGCCCAUGCUCCUCUCCCCCCAGAGCCCGUGGAAGUUGCAACCAACAUCGACCGCCGAGAAUCCUGUCUAUGAACGCCUGCUAGGCUUGACAGAACGCGGUUUUUACUGGGACAGUAUCUUCGAUCGGACCGCAGAUACCGUUCACUAUGCUGAAAUCGAACUCACCUCAGAGCAAACUGCGCUCUUGCAACAGGAUAAUAUCGUUCAGGCAUGGGUCGAUUUAAAGCAACAAUUCCCUCUACUCGGCGCGCGUUUGGAGGAACGCGACCAGGACUCCGUCUUUUUCGUCGUCGAAGCACAGAACCUCCGAAGGAGCCGACCAGAGGAAGUUUCGUUCUACGACAUAUCGUCGGCGGACGAGGCUUUGGACCAUGUUGAAAGAAUCAAUGUCCAAGAGAGGCUUCUAUCAAACGACCUCCUUGCGCGUAUCUUUAUCCUCAGGCGCACGGAUCGUCCUGAUACCAUCCACGCCUUGAUUCAUGGAGCGCACAGUAUCACAGACGGAAUGGCCAACAUUACAAUUCUCAAGACGUUUCUCGACCGGCUUUGUCGAACAUCCAAGGACCUUAACCCCCAUCUCAAGUUGAGUGUCGCAAGGCGAAGAUGGCGCAUGGCCAUGGCGACAGUAAUUUACGCAAUGCGGAAUCGCAAGCUUCAGGGAGGACAUACAAUCCCCCGUACCAUCACCCCAAGAACACCCUACACUCCCGCUCUUUCGCGGCGGAUGGCUCGAACUCUAUCCGUCGAAAAAUCGAAAGCGAUCAUCCUCAACUGCCGCAAAAACGGAAUCACCUUCGGCAACGCGUACCCUAUCCUCGGGCAACUCGCCACUGCACGUACGCUUCUGCGGCGGUACCUUCGUGGAGACAUCAAAGAGGGGGAGUGGGAAUUCCGCACCAAAGAGCCCAUGUUUUCUGCAGGUCCCUUGAACAUGCGACCCUUCCUCGACAAGUCGUGGAUCGACGCUGGGGGGUUUUUCAGCGUCUGCGUCUCGAUCGGAUUUUUCUUCUACUUGCUCCCAUUUAUGCCGUUGGGUGCUGGCGCUAAGUUGCGCCCUGGUCCCGGGCCCCAGUUGCCCACCUUUGAGGAGCAGUUGUCGAGCCAGCGCUUCUUCCUCCGGUCGCGGUCCAUCAGGAAGCAGGCGGACAACUACUUCAGGCACCCGCUCUUCGUUGAGCUGGGCGAAGUCAACCUACCCCACAGGAUCGCCAGGAUACAGCCCGUGGCUGUCCAGUGGCGGAGAGACGGCCUGCCUCCACAUAUUUUAGAUGACCGACCGCUGUCCCCAAAAGAGCAAGCCGCUACAGGUUUUAUACUCGGCAAUGGCGGCUCUAGUAUGGGCAACGUUGACCUCCUACUCCCUCGUGAAUACCCCUCCGAGAACAGCGACAAGCCCAUGAUCUAUCUUCGCGAGGAGAAGACGUUCUUGCACUGUCGUCCCACCGAGCUCUAUCUAGGGGCGUCGACAUCGGCGCAACAGUUGAAACUACAUGUGUUCUUCGAUGGAAACGUGUAUGAUGACGAAGUGGUGAGCGAGUGGCUGGACGACGUGGUCUCCGCCACGGAAUACUAUCUGGGAACACCAGAGACCCCUCGGGAGUCUGACCGAAUAAAUUGUCUCUGA